AUGGACAAGUGGAUUGGCAAGACAGCUGUCGUUACAGGCGCAAGUUCGGGCAUCGGAGCAGCAAUUCUCGUGGCUCUCGCGAAAGCUGGCGUUAAUGUUAUCGGUUUGGCACGUCGCAAGGACCGCAUUGAAGCUCUUGCGGAACAAAAUAAAUCCGCAAAAGGCAAAAUUCAUUCAUUCGCUUGCGAUGUUACUGAUCCAAAAUCCAUCGACGCCGCUUUCGAUUGGAUCGAAAAGACUUUUGGAACAUUCCAUGUCUUUAUUAACAACGCUGGAAUCUGGCGUUGUAACCAAUUAACCAAUGAUGCAUUGAAAGACUCGGAAAUUAUCGAUACUGUUAACACAAAUUUCACAGGCCUCGUUUUGUGUAGCAGAAAAGCAGUGAAACUCAUGCAGAAAAAUAACGAAGCAGGUUACAUAAUUAACAUUAACAGCAUCGCGGGACAAAUUAGUGCUUGUGGUUUCAUGGCAGAACUAGGAACGAAUGUUUAUCAGGCGACGAAACAUGGAGUCACGAAUAUUUCGGAAAUUUUGCGAUUGGAGCUCGCUUUGAAGCCUGAGAAUAAAAUUAAAGUUUCAAGUGUCAGUCCGGGAAUUGUGAUGACUGACAUUUUUGAACUCGCUGGCAUACCAGAAGAAGGACUUAAAAAAUUUGAUGGAUUGAAAUCAGAAGAUAUUGCUGAUGCUGUUGCUUAUUUAUUGAGUACUCCAGAGUCUGUUCAUGUUUCAGAAUUAACGAUUCGCCCUAUGAAUUCGCAAUUUUAA